UCCGUAGAAAACUCAGUGCGCAUGCGUAUCCAGACGUGGCAGCGGCAUCAUGGCCUCCUGGAACCGCUACGGGAGUCGGAUGAGAGAGGCGAAAAUGUUCGUGUUGCUGUUGUGGCUUCUGUCGGUUCUGGAGGCAGUGAAGGUAUCUCCUCUCAUAGAGAAAGUCAGUGACCACAAAGACUUCAAGAAGCUGCUCAGGACGAGAACCAAUGUUCUGGUGCUUUACACCAAAACAGCUACAUCAGGGGACUCCCACCUGAAACUGCUGUCUGAUGUUGCCCAGACAGUAAAGGGCCAAGGGACUAUUGCCUGGGUCAACUGUGGAGAUUCAGAGGGCCGUAAACUGUGCAAGAAAGUGAAGGUAGACCCGAGCCCCAAACGUGGAGGAGCAGAGCUGCUGCAUUACAAAGAUGGGACGUUUCACACCGAGUACAACAGGCCCGCUACCUUCAAGUCGAUGGUAACAUUUUUGAAAGACCCAUCAGGGCCCCCACUGUGGGAGGAGAACCCUGAGGCGAAAGAUGUCAUCCACAUAGAGACAGAAAAAGACUUCAGGAAGCUGUUGAAGAAGGAGGAGAGGCCAGUCCUCAUGAUGUUUUAUGCUCCCUGGUGUGGUGUUUGCAAGAGAAUGCAACCCAUUUUUCAGCAAGCAGCCACGGAGACAAAGGGAAAAUAUGUUCUGGCAGGGAUGAAUGUGCAUCCGGCAGAGUUUGAUGGCCUCAAGCAGGAGUUCAACGUCAAAGGCUACCCGACCUUCUGCUACUUUGAGAAGGGGAAGUUCCUUCACCACUAUGAGAAUUACGGAGCCACAGCCAAGGAUAUCACGGACUGGAUGAAGAAUCCCCAGCCCCCACAGCCGAAGACCCCCGAGGUGCCGUGGUCGGAGACGGACUCACCAGUCUUUCACCUGACCGAUGAGUCCUUUGACAGCUUCCUGGAGGAACAUCCUACAGCGCUGGUCAUGUUCUACGCCCCCUGGUGUGGCCACUGCAAGAAAUGAAGCCAGAGUAUAGAUGAAGCUGCCUGAAAUACUCACAAGGGCGCAGAUAGUCCUGGCGUGUUGGCAGCAGUGGAUGCCACAGUGCACAAAGCUGUAGGAGAUCGUUCAAGAUCUCCGGUUUCCCAACUGUUAAGUUAUUUUGAGGAGUGGCGAGGAGAAGUACAGCACCUGCCACAGCCCGAAGCCAAAGAGAAGAUCAUCGAGUUCCAUGCACAUCCUCAGGCACCUCCUCCACCUGAGCAGUCUUGGAGGACAAGCCCUCAAAGUGUCAGCCAUCUUGGAUCAGAGGACUUCGAGAGCUCUGAAGAAGAAGAAACACGCUUUGGUGUGUUUUACGCUCCGUGGUGUCCACACUGUAAAAAUGCCGUCCCCCACUUCACCACAGCAGCAGAGCUCUUCAAAGAGGACCGCAAGAUUGUGUAUGCUGCCCUGGACUGCACAAAAGGACAGAACAAUGAACUUUGUAAGCAAGAAGGUGUGGAAGGAUACCCGACGUUCAACUACUACAACUAUGGCAAGUUUGUGGAAAAAUAUAACGGAGAUCGUGGGGAGGCUGGAUUCACGGGUUUCAUGCGCAGUCUGAGAGGACGUGACCAGGAGAAGGUGGUGAAGAAGAAGGAGGAGCUCUGAGGGCGGCUUGCACGGACGACGAGGGGAGCAAUGCACUGUGACCCUUCAGCCUUGCAAAGGGCCCUAUCAGCACUGACAUGGGAGACUCGAUGACCUCAGUGAAAGGCUAUUUUUUAUACCGUGUUGAUCCCAUUUCUAAUAAUACCAACAGAGUACAUUUGAGAUUUUUGGUUUUCACGGAUGUUCUGAUGGGCAGAAAACACACUAAAAAGGUGAUUGUUUUUAUUUUUAUUUUUUAAUUUUUGCCCAAUCACUGUGACUGAAUAUUUGAAAAGCUACACCCUAUACUGUAUCUAUGCAAUACUGACCCCUACUUAGCCCUGUGAGAGGGUCUGUGUGACUGACUGAUGGUGGUUAGUUAAAGUCCAUUGCUCCACAAGGGUCCUCAUCCAGUCCCAUCAGCUGCACUCUGCCUCGAGAUGAGACUCACACUGUUCAUUCACGAUGUGGUUCCGAUUUCUAUGUACAGAACCUUUAUGUCUUUAGAGCCAUCAAGAGUACUGCUGUUAUUCUCACAGAUCAUUUGGAAAAUAGUUGCAUUUAACACCAACAUCAUCAGAAAAAAGUUGUUGUACAGUAAAAUGUGAAGUGCUGCAGUAGGUAAUAAGUAACUGUAGCGAUGUGAAGUAGGUAAAAUUGUGAGUCUGCACUAUCAUGAUUGGUUUUGCUUUUAGAAAGGACUUGAACAAAGGUUUUGUUUGCUCAAAACUGUGGCCUUAAAGAUAAGACAUAUAAUAAUGAGUGGAAGGAAAUCAGAGGCCUAGAGCCCUUGGAAAGUCUCUCAUGAUGCAAACCAGUCCACAUAUAAGGAAAAAAUAUAACAUGAAAUGCCAAAUAUUACUGCAAAUUGCCCUUCAUGUGUUCAUGCUUUGUACAUUUCCAAGGAUGACUAACAGCGGUAGUGAUGUUUUACCUGUUGUACUGCCUCUGUUGUUUCUUCAGACUGGAAUUGCAUUAAUGUUUUACCAAGGAUAGGGCUCAUUUGCAUAAGCAUGGGAGAUGCUCAGGCGUGGCGGUUAAAUAUUGCAUGUUGAUCAUAAAAUGUCCAAAUCAUGAAUCUUACUUCCAUUUACUGAAGCAAUCACGGAUUCUGCUGAACAUCCCGCAAUCCCCCCUCUGCAUUCACGCAUUGCUGGAAUAUUUCAGACCUCUGGUUUACUCUUCUUUGGCAUUCAGGAAUUUUUUGUUUGUUUGUUUGUUUGAGGCUGCCCAAUCUGUUUUCUGCCACUUUCUCCUGAACCGAUGCAACACCAAGGAGUGAAGUGCGAAGUAACAGCUCUCUGGACAUUUUUCGCCUCAGUCUGCAUCCACCAGCCUUGCCUUCGGCCUGGAAUUACUCUGCUUCAAUUAGUCCAAACAGUGCUCUCCCAUGCCUUCCAUCAUAUUUAAAAUGGAUGACUUCAACAUACAUCCAAGGAGUAAUUAACUAUUAAGUGAAGUCUCCUCCAGGCCCUCUUCCAUUCCUCGCAGCAUAACACCAUCAAUUUGGGGCCAUAAUCAUCAUUACCUUUUUUUUGACAAUUAUUCUUUUCUUUUUUUUUUUAAUUUUGUGUUUUCAGCUCCCAUGCUUCAGCCUCAAUGAAUAUUUAAAGGCUUAUCUGUAGCUGAACUUGUCUUUUAUUAUUCAUGACUUUGGUUUCUUUCAUUAUGAAUAAGGUUCUCAGGGAUAGCGAAACACAGUUAAAGGGAACUCGUUUGUUUGUAAUUUUGCAUUCCAGCUAAAUAAUUUUUGAGUCCUAAGAUCACCAAAUUGAAUAUUGUUUACAUUUACAUCCCAAGGAAUAAAAAAAAAAUAUUGAAUUGUCCUUUCUCUGUGCUACAUCAUGACAACAUGUAUUGAAUAAUACUGUCAGAACACAUAACUGAAGCAUUUCAAAUUGACGUUGUGAUUCUUGAUGAAUUCAUUCCAAGUGAAACCAUCUUAAAUGUUCUGGCUGGCACCAAGCACAACCUCUGUGUUCAGUGUUCAGUGUGGUUAUUAUCAUUUCAUGAUAUGCAAGAGCAUUUUUGCAGAGUGCUUUCUAUAGUUAGGUGUUUGGUGACAUAUCGCUGUAAUUACGUGUCCACUCUCCUCUCUUGGAGCAACAAUUACCUUUGAUUACUUUGUUUUUGUUCAGGAGCAUCCGCAAUGGCAUCAUACAUUUGGUGAAUAAUAGAAAGACUUUAUCCCUUAUCCCAAAGGUAUCCAUGCUGUGUGGGAAUUUUUCACACUUAUGCCAAGAAGUCAUUGUUGCCUUUGUUGAUUUUUUUUUUUUUAGUUUAGUUUUGUUUAUUUGUUUCUGUGCCCAGCCAUAUGUACAGUUUUGCCCCUUGCAGUAAGGAAAAAUAAUAAAGCCAAACAUUUCCAAAAGGGUUUUCCACUUACUUUUAUAUAAUAUACAAAUAUCUGGUGUGUUUCUAUUAUUUUACAACCAGUUUUCAUUGAAUAAUUUGUGAGCCAUAUUAGAAGUGUGACAACAACAUGUUCAACUGAAUUUGUUUGAAAUUGUGUGCGGGCAUUCAUGAUUCCUUGAAGAAUUAUCCUUCUCUAUGUAACCUAUACCAUGAUGGUGACAAUUAUGGUUUUAUGGUAAAUGACUUAGCAACUCAUGAAGUAAUUAUCAUUAAAUUUGGAUGUUAAUAUCCAUGUUCAGAGUUAAAAGCAAAACAGAGUUAACACAGCAAAACGGAAACAAAAUCUAUAUACAAACAUAACAUCCUCAUUGAGAGGAAUAUAUGAGGACCUAUUUUAAGUUCAUUUGAAAUAGAUCAGCAGGACCAGCUUUUGCAGGUGGAACCAUAAAAUAAAUUGCAGUUGACCUUGUCCAUUUGCUGCACUAAUGGACAGUCCUUUCGGAAGCAGUUUUUGUGCUUGUUUGUUUUGACUGCUUUUUUUCAGGUCUGCAUUUCAGAAGGGAAACAAAAUGGAGCACGAGCAGCUCUCAGCACAUCUGACUCUGAUGGCUUUAUUAUGAGAAAUGGCUGGAAAGCAGCACUGAACCUAAAUGUGACUGAACCUAAAUGUGACCCUGCUAGGAGUCACCUCAGUGGAAAUCUGCUUCACUGCCUGAACUUCUGCAUUUCAAAGAUAACAUUAUAAAGCAUUAGUUCUAGACUCAAGGUCUUAAAAGUAACGUGCAGUUCAGUCUAACGCCUCAAGACUCGGUCUAAACUGAGGCGUGACUUUGAAGUUUCUUGUGUUGGUGGUCUAUGGGUCAUGCAGGUCUGCUUCAAUAAAGUGCUGUUGUUGGGAUGCAUGCAGCGUUUAGCCUUAGCAGGCUGAUUAAUGUCUUUGAGGACAGGCAGAAAUGCCAUCUCAAUCGCAAUUUGACUUCCGAGGAUUUUCAAAGGGGCGGAGCGCCUUUUCAUGCCUGGGAGGAUUGCUUCAUUGCCUCUUUGUGAGUUUACAUGGAGGGGAGGGACGAACAUUUAAACCUGGGGAAAUGAGCAUAGGAAAUGGAGAGCGUGGGGUAAUAAUCAGAAAGUCAAGGUCUGCUCGGAUUCAGGUUCAGUCUGCAGACGCCAUUUUGCCUUUAUGGAUAAUUGUGUUUGGGUUGUUGAGUAUUUUAUCUCUGUGACGUCAGUCUGCAUUUUGCCUUUAUCCACCCACUCAUCCGCCAACUCACCUCUCCUUCUUUGUCUUCAUUUUUCCAUUUAAGCCCUCAUAUGCCCCUUUCCUUUUUCAGAUGUGUCACCUAAAAGCCACCACGUUGAUUUUGUUGAUCUUUUCUGUAUAUAUUUUGUUUCUCUUUUUCCUUUUCAGUUUGCCAAUGUUGUGACGAAUUAGUCUUAGCAGCAAAAGUCAAUAAAAUAAAUAUCUGCCAAGGGGAGAUAAAACAAU